AUGCAUGUUGUAUCCAAGAUGGGCCCUCUUAUGUAUUUGUUUGAAAAAGCAACACUUAAUGGUAGAUUAUCAAGGUUGAUAGUCAACCUUGCUCAGUUUGACUUAAAAUUCGUACCACAAAAGGCUAUUAAAGGUUUCUCAAUUUAUGACUUCCUAGCAGAUUUCCCACUAGAAGAAGUUAAGAAAGAAGAAGAAGAGUAUGAUUUCCCUGAUGAAGAUCUACUCAUGACUAAAGAUGAUAGCUUGACGCUCUAUUUUGAUGGAGCUUCGAACCAGAAAGGUUGUGGUGUGGGAGUCUUGCUCGAAUCACCCAACGAAGAACACAUUCUGAUUUCCAUAAAGCUCAACUUUUAUUUCUCCAACAAUGUUGCAGAAUAUGAAGCAUGCAUCUUGGGAUUGGAAAUAGCUGUGGCCCUUGGAAUUAAGAAACUCAUAAUCUACGGCGACUCGUCACUAAUCAUCAACCAGAUCCCCAAAAGGUAG